GCAUUAGGAAGGUAGCCUCAUUUAAUACGUAUAUACGAUAUGUACAUAUAUCGUGAUGACAGGUUGGAUCUGGUCUUGGAUACAAUGGAGGAAUAAAGGAGUAUGCCUUGAUGCCUAGGGCAUCCAGUCCAUCGCUGGUGCGGGGCAGGUGACUGACGUCCUUCAGUGGAGGAAACCAACAGAACAAUAAACACCUUUCAGUCCCGCAUGUCCACAACCUGACUUGAUACAAUAUCCGGAUACGAAGCCGUUCAUUAUCCUUUCGCUCGUGUCAGAUUGCUCGAAAUUAUUCCGGCCGUCUUGCAUUUGAUCUUCAGAUUGUUUCCAUCCUCAAACUUCCAUCUCCUCACAACAGAACACCUCUCCGUUCAUUCCGCAGCCAUGUCUUGGCAAGAUUACAUCGACAAGAGUCUCAUCGGGAGCAAAUAUAUCGAUAAGGCAGCAAUUUUCGCCGCCGAUGGCUCCUCGGUUUGGGCAUCGUCACCAGGCUUUGUUAUUGAACCUUCGAAGGAGAUGCCGGAGAUCAUAAAGGCACUCAAAGAGGAUUCUGGUAUCACGUCUUUAGUCAUUCAAGGAGAGAAGUACAUCAUUGUCAAUACCGAGGGAAGCUUGCGGUUGAAGAAGGGCCGAGAAGGCCUGGUUAUCGCAAAAACGAACCAAGCCUUAUUGAUUGCUCACCAUCCCGACACCGUACAACUGCCGAAUGCCACGGCAACGGUUGAGAAUCUCGCCGAUUACUUGAAAGGACAAGGGUAUUAGGAGGGUCACAUGGCAGGGCUCAUGGAGGAGAGCCGAGAGGUCAUGCGUGCAUUCUUCGCACAUCCAGCAUUGGCGGAUUGGUCCUAGGAGGGGGACGCAUCGGAUGCGCUCGAAUGAUAUGGAUGAAAUGCGAUGAUCAAAUCCUAAGCGAGGGAACAUCCGUCCUCUGCUGUAGCUGGCAUCUUUAGGAUAGAUGGUAUAACAUUGCAAUUGUACUUCGAUGUGGCGAGGGCUAGUGAUAUAUUCAUUUUAUCAAGUUCUUCGUUCCAUCUGCCUCGGAGACCGCUUUAAAACGACGACUGCUACCCGGCAGCAUUGUUCCGCCCAAGAGCAUCCUCAGCAGACAAUGCUCACGGAUGGCAAAGUUGCCCGUAUCAGGGGGUGGUCAUACGUCAAGGUCAAUUUUUAAACUCUCAAAUUAUUAACUGUGAGCAUAAGUGACUAUAAUCGUUACUAG